AUCUGGACGCGAUACCUGUAGACUUCUAGAGUCUGUUUGUUCGUAUUCGAUCUGUGCACCGUCGGCAAACGGUGCGCAUGUUUAGGCCGGUGCUUAAGGCGCCAGCGAAGACAUUCACACUACCAGCGGACCACCAGAAAGGAUACAAACGAACAACGCUUGCUCGCUCUUCUUACUCCGCACUUCUUCUCUUCUCUCUCUUUCGGAUCCCCAUGCUCUUCCAAUUCCGAUUCAAAAAAUGAAAUAAUCAGCGACUUAGCUGUGCUCACUUUAGGUUUCAGCUAUUAGUUUUUACUUGUUUUCCGUUAUGCCUGCCAAAUAUUCCUGUGCUCUGUUCUCAUGCACGCCCUUUGUAUGAAAGUUCAAAAUGAUUUUACUUGUUUUCCGUUAGUUUACUUUGCUAUGCUUAUCGUUGUAAUUCUCGAAAUAUACUUCAUCUUCAUCUUUUUCUACAUCCCAUCUGCUUUACAGCGCACUUUUUAUCGGUGUUCGUCAAGCUCAAGAGCGCAUAUCUUUUGACAAUUUGGGCAACGCGGGCAAAGCUUUCGCAACAUCGGACUGAUCCAUCACAAAUACCACUACCCAAGCGAAGUAGACAGCUACCCCGAUUCAAGAUGAACGCACCAGAGUCCGGAGAAGCGGAUCCCUUGUCGGGGACGUAUCUUCUGCUCUCUACCGGGUCGAGCAGGUCGGAACUCGUGUACGCAAAGGACCAUUGGAACAAUACUCAGGCUCGAGCAACCGCUGCACCAUCAAGAGUGAACAUUCUGGUCCUCGACAGCUUAGCCGCGGCAAAUGCAAAUGGGAAAUCUAAUUCGAAUUCCUCCAGCGGAAACCAGGCGUUCCAGCUGCGCAAGGCAUUUGCGGGGGUGCCCGGAAGCGAACUGCACAUGAACCGACUCGACGACCUCCACGACAUGCGGUUUUCGAAGGACGAAAAAGAGGACGCGUUGUGGCGCCUGCAAUUGCAGCCUGAGUCGGUGGUCGGGGGAAGCCUGCGCGCUUGCCUUUUUACGUCGCAAAAUGGACGGGAGGGGGAGGAGAGGUUGGAUUUCGAAAUUGACGAAGAGCAUAUGCAUCAAGCAGAAAAUACUUUUUUUUUACUCGUGCGAAUGGAGAUCAUGGACGGAUUCGGAGUUACGCAACUACGACCGGCUGUAGCGGAGAUAUACCAAACUGUGUUGCGGUGGCUGUGGAGGUGCACGACGUCAGCGUCGCCGGAGAGCGAUACAAGACUGGGUGGGUUUUUGCGGUGUCAUUAUCAUCUGCUGACGCUGCUGACGACCCAGGACCAUGGUCCUCAUGCGAUUCAGGGCUUAUCUGUGGCGGAAUGUUCGCAAGGGAUUUCUUCUUUCUUGAAGGGUCUAGCUCUGGGCAGCGAGAAUGUAGUUGACUCAAGGAAAAUAAUAAAUGAAACUCCGUUUCUUGCGCACGCGUUGACCACCCAAAUGAUGGAGCACUACGGACGGCUAUUUCCGGCGGCGCAGAAUCUUCUUGUUUUCGACGCGGCGACGCAAGAAAGAGAGUCGUGGGUGGCCGGGCACAAGCAGUUUCUGAUUGAGCAUUCUGCAAGAACUAAUGCGGAGGAACAAGACGGCGGCGCGACGAAUCGGUAUCCGACGUCGAACUACCUCACUACAUCGCUGCGCGGUAAGAUAUCAGAUGCGAUGCAGCAGCUGAUUCGCGACGAACUGAGCCAUCGAGUCGUGCCGGACUACGAGUUAGUGCUCUCCGUGUGCCGCGUUCUAGUCAAGUUUGGCGCGUUGGAAAUGAAGACGCAAAGGGACGGCUCCGAUUCCAAUGCCCCCACAAUAACGGACUUCCUUGGGUCGCUGCGCGACACCGUUUUCGAUCGCGAGAACGAGAAGCGGCCCCUACCAGACUUCAAAAAAUACUUGAAGGAGGUGAACCAGAACCCACGGAUGAACCAGCAAGGCCAGGCGAACCAGCAAAACCACCAGCAGUUAGCCCUAACCGCGACGAGUACUAUGUUGACUCCUGACGAGAGGCUAGUCCACUUGCACAAGCUCCAGGAGAUCGAGAGCAGUAAGCGUGGGUAUGGGUUACAGCAUACUGUUGGCGACGCAUCGCGCCUACCCCGCACCGCGAGCUUGAUUUCGCGCGAACAGAACCUGCAGGCGGCGAGCCAGAAUGCGGUGCAGCUCGCGCAGCGGUUCGAGUUCGCGAGGUUUUCUGUCGAGCAAGAGAAGAAGCAUGUGUUGGCGCAAUUACUACUCGCUUUAGGUAGUACAACCUCUGCAUCGGCUUCGGCAUCUAGUACAUCAACGUUUUCGUCAAGUUUGGAUAUUCUUCCGAGCAGGGCACUGUCAGAGCUUCGACUGGAGGCACUCUCCGCACUGGACAACUUCCGCAACGCGGUGUUACAUCUGGAGGAAACGGAAUUGUUUUGGUCCUUAGGACAGUUAACACGUCGUGGCGACGCCUUGCGGGCACGCGUGCAAGCGCUGGUUGCGCGCUACGGGGAGUUUUCAAUGUCUACGGCGGCGCAAGGGCGUUUGGGACGCGUAGAAGAAGAUGGUUUGCUCUCGUCUGACAACGAGGAAGCUGCAGAAGCCCCCGGAGAUGAAGCUGCAGAAGCGGGGGAGAAUAGAUGGAGUGCGACCACUUGGAUGGGUUUUUUUGAUCCGGGGGACAGUAGCGCACCUCUUCCGUACCAGGUGAGGGACGGCAUCGGUUACGACGUACGACGAUCGAAGUUUGUUGCCACGUGCAAUCCCUCCGGAGGGAUGCAGGUAUUUGGGGACAGAAAAACGGCGGCGCAGAAAAUGGACAUCUUUGUGCGAAAAAACGACGCAGUACUCGGGCCGACUACAGAAAUAGCAACGACGGCGGGCAACACUCUUUCCUCGUCUUCAUGGCAGAAAACACAAAGCCGCAACAUCGAGAUGCAGCUUCGCGCUGCAGUGGAAUUAUUGGUUGGUGGUACUAAGUACAUUUUCACGGAGGCCGACCGCUCGGUGAUCCGCGUCCUGUCUAUCGGGGGUGCAUCGGGCGGUCUUACGACGGUGCGCACGAUUGCGGGUAAUCACGGACAAGGGUUCUUUGAUGGCCCGCUGCAGCCGCCGGAUGCUGCAGUUGGGAACAUGUUUAACCUUGAGCAGCAGGAUCAAGAAAACGCCAUUGCUGCGAAAUUUCGCAGCCCUCGCGACAUUCUCCGGGUUGAUGACGUAAAGAACAUGUUUCUAGUUGCCGACACAGGGAAUAAUGCUUUACGUUUGAUCGAAGCCGAACCAGCGAAGGAGGUGGCUCUGCGCUACCCACCGAAUUUAAACUGGGGAAGCACGCAAAACAAGAUUCUCACCGCGCGGACGGUUUCUGCGGCUGAAUGCGUAGACUGGCCGGGGCGAGGCGGGAGGAGGCCGAUUUUCUCCGUAACGUCGGGCUCGCCUGGCGCUGCAACACUUGGGAACCGCCGCUUCAACCAACCCUGGUGCCUUCUGAAGGUUUUGCACCCGGUUGUAGGUGGUGGGCGACCGAAGACGAAGUAUUUAGUCGGCUGCGCAGACGGGUUGCACACUAUUGAAGGGGGUCUGCAGCCGAACGCGCCGGUGCGGAUGUUGUAUCCUGGAAAUAAGUUCGUAGCUACUAAGCAAGAUUCUGUCGUGGGCUUGGCGUCGUUUCCGCCGCAUGGCAUCUGCUGGGAUUGGUGGCAGCGGGAGAAAGAUGCUGAUCGCGCUGCGGAAGACAACUCUCGAGUGGAAGACAAAGCGGAAGUGGCAGCAGCGAGACUGAGAUGCAGGGAAUGCUAUGACGAAAAUCUGUCGCAGGGGGUGUUGCUUUUGACGACGGACUUCAGAAUCCAGAAGUACUUCUUCGAAACGGACAAGGUCAUGCUGGUGCUGGACAAAGACCGCACUGGACAAAAUGCGGAGAAGGACACAAAAGUGCUCGGCAGGCCCCGGAUACUCACCAACAUCCGUCCAACGGCGAUCGCACUGGUUCCAGACAAGUCUGCGCGUAAGGUGUUUCUGGUGCUUUCUUCUGCGCAUACACACGUUGUCGCGCGCGCUGAGUGGGAUAUAGGUAGAAGUGCGAUUGUGCCGAAUACGGAGGAAGUGAUCUUCGCGGGGCAAAACAACCGAAGCGGGUGGCGCGACGGGACACUGGCCAUGUUCGAUAGCCCAAACAGGGUCUGUCUUUCUCCGCCGAUAUUAGGAACGGAGAUGACGAACACGUGGAAGCGAGAAACGAGACGAUUGUUGAAAGCAGCCGUAGCAACAACGGAAGCUAGUACACGCAACGACCCUUCGCCAUCGCGGAGUAAGAGCACCACGGGUGGCGGCAAUAAGAGCGGCGCAAGGUCUCAGCUCGGAAUCGAUCCCGUUGCUGUAUCCGACGCAAUCGUGGCUUCGGCACUUGUAGAAGACGAAAGACAACUCUUCGUGCUCGAAGCGGAACGGAUUCGUGCAGUUUUGUUGCCGAAGACACGACGAAUCGCCGCUCGCGCGUACGCAAAUCUGCGAAACCCGAUUGAAGACACCACGGCGAAAAUCACGGAGAUUGUGCGUAGCAGCACGGUGCUGUCCGCACAGAGAAUGUCAGACGCAAUUCUGGAAUCGCGACGGGCACUAAAAGCACUUGUGGCGGGUGGGAAGGAAGAGAGCUGGCAAAAGUCCUUGAUGAGUGUUCUUGGGGACGACGUCGAUUUGGGGAUUCUAAUACACCUGGCGCCGCGGGACGAAGAUUUGGUAGCGCUGCUGCAGGCCUUGUCAGUGUCUUCCGCGCGGCGAGGCCUUGAUGCUAAGCGUCACUUGUUGGAUCGUGUGCAGCGGCGCAAGGUGGAAAACUUCGGCCCCUGGAUCGUGGUUUCGCGUUGCAUCGGGAGCAGCUUCCCGGCUGGUGACCACAACGUUGAAGUUGAUGUGAACAGCACUACUGCUUGUUUUGACGUCGAGUACUGGGAGACUGUUUUCAAGAAUAGCAGGGCCCCCCCGACGGGGCAGCUGGUGGAGUUUCUGGAGUGGGAAGCAAAGAGGAACGAACACGAAGUCGAAGGGAAAAUGGCGGAAGGUGUGGGUCGUUUCGAACGCUUCCUGCAGAAAAUGGGGUCUGCUCUCGGGCUUUGGCUGUCGAACUUGGAUCAGCAAUCGGGAGCUUUCGCAGCGCAGCCGAUUUUGAACAUCAUCGACGUGUGGGCGCGGAGCGGCGUGUUUCGUCUUCGGGAACAAGAGAACGGCGCACAAACAUUCUUUCGCGUGGCUUUAACGCAAUUCUUCAAGAUGCCUUCUAGCCUGUCCGAGCUAAAGCGGCUACUGCACAUCGUCGGGAACAAGGGGUACUACGCAGAGCUGGAACGGCGCGGCGUCUCCGCCUUGGAUUUCGCGCAACAUCUAACUUUCGUUUUCCACGCCGUCGUAAGACAGGAAAUCGGGGGAAAGGAAAAAAUCAACCUCUUGCACGAACUGGUGUUCUCCGACACGAAGGCGGAAGGCGAUUUAGCUCCUGCACAGAACAAGGCGAAAGCGAAACCACCAUUGUCCUCUCGCGACGCGCGAAUACUGUACACGGGCGUGCUGGCGCAAAUCAAUGUUUACAGCAACAAGCAGCUUACUCUUGACGAAGAUUGGGCCGCUCGUUGGAGCACCGUGUCUUGGCUCCAUGCUCUCCUCGAGUUCUUCGCAGCCGAAACAAAACAGCGCAAGCAAACUCUCACUAGCGAGCUUGCACUGAACGAGGAUCUUUGGCAGCAAAUCUCGCACUUCUGCAAAAACGCGCAUGAGGAUGCGAAGUUGGGGUUGGCAAGGUUGCAGGCGGGAGCUGGGGAGCACGCAACCGUUCACGAAAUCAAAUCCGCGGUGUGGCACGGGGUUUUCUCAAAACAGGUAUGCAAAUUGUUGCGAACACCGGAGCUGCACGAAAAAGCGAGGGAGUGCAUGGCGGAGCAGUGCCAAUUGAGGGUGCAGCUACAGGUUGUGGAGACGGUGCAAACGAGUUUUUUCGCGGAACAUAGAACUUUUUUGAAAGACAAGGUUGCAUGGGUACAAGACAGCUGGGAGAAACUGACGCUUGGGGAGUUGCGUGAAUUGUUUGGGAAAGGGAAGGAGAAGAGGAAGGGGGUGACGUCGAAUAAUGGUGCUGCUGUAGUGCGGUCUUUUCCGAAGAAGUUUCUAGCUUAUGCUCCGUGGCUGGAAAAGCAAAAACACUUCCGAAUCCUCGCAGAGCUGAUUAAGGAUACAAAUCUAAAACUCCGAGUGGUUGUAGCCGAAGCAGUGCUUGCCGUUGCAGAAGAUGCUAGUACUACCGAAGCAGGGCCUGAGCCGAGGACUAUGACGCGAGUGGUGGUCGUUUCGGAAGGUGCUAAGGAGGGGACAACGGUUUCGCGAGGAACAGGAGGAACCGCCGGCCCCGACGCAUCAACAGAAGAUGAACUUCUCGUGCAGCAAGACAUCGAGCGUGCUGCGCAAACGCUCGAAGCUCUCCAGCUCGAGUUCGACGAAAACCGCGUCAGCUUUCCUGUCCUCGAGCAGCUUCUCCCCUUUUUCCGAGAAGGCUUCUCCGUUUCCCCCCUUCGGCUCGGCACUGCGCUUGAGGACGAAUUUGCCAGUUUUUGUCGACGGGUGAAGUUCGAACCAAAACAGUUAGAUGAAAUAACAGUCGGAGGUUUAGUCCUCCCGCUUCCCGUUCCGUCGAAUGCCUUGAAACGUCACGUCUUCGCCACCAUGGAGAAAUUCACGCUGUUGAAAAUCGUCCACAGCAAUCUGGCGGAUAUUGAGGAAUUUUUUUCCGAGAUCUCGUUCUUCAUCGCUAAACAAGAGUUGGAAAAGUGGAACGCACGCGUAGAGACCGCGCUUUCUUUGCUUCGUGAGGCAGUGACUACGAAGCUGGAGCCGAAAUGGGAGGAACUUGAUUCGGGAUGCAUCAACGAAAUCUUGCAGCAAGUCGAGUCUCAGUCGGAAGAUGAGGUCGGAAAAAUAUUGAAGGAGGACGGAAUAAACAGGACGAACGACGAACCGGGAACAACUACAGCUACUGCAGAAAGCAAUUCCAACAAGCUCUCCGUCGUCGACGUCCGCAUACUGUCCGUCGAAAUCGAAGCACUCCAAGCCAUCAAGAAGAAUUUACCAGUUCUACGUUGGCUCGCCGCGGCUUUCGAAUCUGAUGAAGACUUUGUGGCGGCGACCCAGAUGGCCAUGGGGAAGUCCGAGAUGGAGUGCCCGCCAGAGCUCUGGCUACAUGAUGGCUAUGGGAAAAACGGGCGCGUCAACGAACAGAUACUGUCCGAACUCUCCACGCUGCGACGUUCUCUGGCACGGUACCUGUACAGUGGUUCUUUCCCGGAUAAUCUGAAGUCUCUCGACGAAGCGCUGCACUACUUCUCGGGUCUGGGGGUGUUGGGCGGUCAUCGUGCUGCGGGUACCUCUACUUCGCCUGUCUCUGGAUCUGGUGAAACUGGUGGAAGUUACUUCUGUACUCUGCUAGCCUCCAUGUCCGCAGUGUACUUACCCCUGAGUGAGUUGCUGGGAUCCGAUGCCGAGACUUCGGGGGCGGCGCCGGCACGACUUUUGAAUCUGUACAAUUGGAGAGCAGCGUGGGUGGUGGAUAAGUUCGGCGAAAUUUCCUUGGAGUACGUACCGAAAAAAAGAAAAGCCGGUAGCACGACGACAACUCUUCGCGCAUCCGAUCAGAGCAACGGCAAAAAUGCAGAGGAGGCGAACGAUUUUUCACAACAACAAGCUUCCCCAGCAAUUGCCUCUCAAGGCCUGCAGGAGAUUCUCGACUUCCAAACGAGCUUAGUUCUUGCCCGGAAUGUGGAUGAAGAUGUAUCGGCGUUGAUUGCAAAGUUCGUGGGCCAAUUUCGUUGGGUCAAAGAGCUGAGUCAGACAGUUUCCCGGCUAGGAACCAUCGGGCAUGUGAGUUACGGACGGGAGGUUGGGGAUGACGUUGACGCGGGGAUCAUCGAGUUCCGGUACGCGUUCGAAAACAGCGACGUUGCCAUGAUUCAGGAAGAAGUAACCCGGCUACGGCGGGAAGCCGACAAUUGGGUAUUGGCUGUGGAUGAGUUAAGACGGAAGUACCCGGUUUUGAACGACUACACGAUGCAUCAGCUGCGAAGAUCGCUGGUUGAUAGCGGAAGAAGUGGUGAUGAUGGAGAGGGGAUGAACAUUAUAGCACCUUUAGCGCGUUCCGUGAGUGGCUUGAACACGACAGCAGUUGGUCUUCUGACCCAACUUGCUGAGGCUUGGACGAAAACGAAUAAACCGCCGCAGGCUAAUAUUUUCCGGCCGCUGGUAUUUUCAAACGACGUCCAACGGCAGAAAACUGCAGCGUUCGGCUACACCUCGACCUACCCACCCGGUUUGUCGCUCGUUGUCGGCGACCCGCUUGAACAGUGCAUUUUGGCAUUCGCAAAAACCGGCUUCCUACCAGAGUGGACCAAUGUGGUAGUUUACGUCGACACGGUCACGACAUGGGAGGAGAUCCAGAUUUUUUUGUAUCGGUGGGCGUUUUCCUCAACCAAAAAGAACAAAACAGCGAGCUGUCCGUUUUGCUUCUGCGGGGUCGACAAGUUGAAGGGUGAGUGGUACUUUCAACUGCAGCAGGAUGUCCAGAAGCUGACGGAUGAACACGAAUCGGUUCAUGGUACGAAGCCAUUGCCGCUACUACUGGUUUCCAGUACAGGAGACCACAUCGCUGCGAAGAUGCAUGCGCAUUUACGGUUAGAACUUCGUGCAGAAGCCCGGCUGUUCGAGAACGUAAAGAAGACGCUAGGGUAUUGCGAAGACGAGGAAGCAACUACCGGUAGUACUGUUGCAGAGAGCGGUACUACUUCGGCUGCCUCUACUUCCAUGUCUGCGGUAAUUUGCUCGGCCGGCAGCGGUGGUGGGAAGAGCGCCUUUGCGCGCCGGAAAGCCAACGGAAAGCGCUACUUGUAUCUCCCACUGUACGCUAACAGCGACGUCGCGACGCGCGAGGGUGUCAUCAAGUACUUGGCAGCAUCAAAAUCAAUUUCGGCCUCUUCGUCUUCAUCUCCCAAAGAAACUUCAACUUCGUCGUCCUCGGCAGAUAAUGGUGCAGAGGCAGUCUUCUUGCACGUCGACGUGCUGGAUUCUUUCGUUUCGCCUGCCGUCGAAGACUUGCUGUUUCACCUAAUCGUCUUGCAGCGUCUCUGCGUCCGCGACUUGCUGUGGGAGCGGCCGAAAAAUACCGUUUUCGAUAUUUACGUCGAGCUACCGAACGAGGCGUGGUUGAAAAAGUCCGCCUUUCUAAGAAAUUCCAUUGGCCGGUGCGACGUCGUCCCCGGAGAUGUGUUUAACUGCGACUGGACGUCGGUUGUUCCGGAGACCCUUUCCGCUGCUAGUACCUCUUUGACCUCCACUGUGCCAGCAUCUUUAAGAUCAGAUGGCGACCACGCGCCUGUGUCUUUUCGAACGUCUGGUGGAAGUGCGGGCGCCGCCAAAACAGGUUUGCAACCGGGCUUGAGCAACGACGAGCGGCGCGACUGCAUUUUGCGGUUGAAGAUUGUGUGCUUUUGCUUGAAAAUACGCGAGGAUAUGUUGGGUGGUUAUCCGGCUGACUGGAAGAGGGAAGUUAUCCAGUUUUCCGAGAAGCUGAUGCCGGUACUUCGGGCUGCUGAUAAGACGUCUGCGGAGGACCAGGAGGACGCACAUCCACAUACGUUUGUAACGCCCGCGGUUUUGAAAUUGAAUUUGAAGCGAAUCGAGGAAGUGGAACCAACUGCAAGUGCACAUGCGGAGUUUUCGACGGCGUUGCAACUUACCAGCGAAGAGUGUCUCGGCCUAUUGCUCCGCGCAGCUCAAGUAGCGGAUUGUGGUGCCUGGAAUGUUAACGGCAGUUUGUGGAGCCUGUGGUCGUUCGUGCAUCUGCUCUAUGACGGUCUUUGCCGGCUUGCAAGUCACGAAAACCCACACUCUGGAACACAAACCUUCUCCAAACUUCGAGUUAGGCACAGAUUACUCGAAACAGAUACCGAGAACAGGCAGCUCCGCGGGCAGGUUAUCGGCUUCUUGUGUCGAACGGCUGCAGAGGUGGCGUUUGCAAGACGAAAAAAGCCGACUCUGACGGCGCAACCGCAAGGUGCUGGAGAUCGAGAAGCAAAUGCAGACGCAGCUAAUAUCGCAGCAGCAGAUAAAGCCUGGCUACGGUUUUCGGUUGAUGCGACUACAUGGAUUUACGAAAGGUGCCAGUUCGAUCACGAACUAAAACCAGUAUACCGCAUGGGAGCUUUGAUGGACCCGAGUUACGUCUACUCUUCGCGUGACUUUCCGCCGGCACUCGUGCCUGAUAGAGGUAUCUCGCCUGAACAAGGAGGAGGAGGGGCAGGACAACAGCAACAGCUGCAGUACUACUGGCUUUUGGGCGGGGGAGACAUUAGCAGCAUUACAAACCGGGUCGACUAUUUGUCGACGAAAGCGAAUUUGGAAGUAGCGAGUGGCUGGAAAACAGCAGAAGAAGUGAGGCAGGGAAGAACCGCCUCGAGGACCAAUUUUGCGGUGCGGUUGUGCGCGGAAGGAGGGUCUGCGCAAGGUGUUGUGUAUAAUCUCCACCAGCAGCGGCAAGGCCAAGGACGAGCUAAUGAGGAGGAGCGGAUGAUGGAAGAGCUUUUUUCCACAGGCGAUCUUCUACCAUGGUCGUCCUCCAACCACGAAAUGCUGCUGACAACAGAACAAGAAGUUUUUUUCCUCGCGAGCAACUCGAUGGAGCUGCGCAAACGGAUGCAUCCGACCCUCGUCGAGGUUCUUGACAGAGCCGACAUUCCGGUUGGAAACGACCUGCAGAAGCUGACAUCGAACAAAACGGGCCUUCUCACCCGCAUAUUGGCAGCGCUUACGAAUAUCUCUGUUGAGUCUACAAAGCUUCCAUUACGCCUGCGGAAUUUCGUGCUUACGGGCGACGUUGUGUUGAAGCUUUUAGCAAUCUACCUCCGAGUGCGAAACCAAAUCCCCGUGAUUUUGCUCGGUGAGUGCGGCUGCGGGAAAACGCACAUGCUGCGGUAUCUGUGCGCGUGGUUGGGCGUUGGUUUGAUCGUCGAAGACGUGCACGGCGGGACUACGGAAAGUGACAUUGUAAAGGCUGUGCGGCGGGCGGAAGCGCUGCUGGCGGGAGGGGAGAUGAAGGGGUUACGAGUACAACUUGGUGCUGCGCAAAGUGAGAUUGUCGAGGAACGACCGAGCACAGGGUCCAACCAUCCCGACGCUCCUGCAUCAACAUCUUCGACCGAAACGGAGUUCAAGUCCGUCUAUCUGUUCUUUGAUGAGAUGAACACUUGUGCGCACAUGGGCCUGAUCGCGGAAAUAAUCAUGCACCGGUCGAUGAACGGUCAGCCGAUAGAUCCCCGCAUUCAGAUUCUGGCUGCCUGCAAUCCGUAUCGAAAAUACCCUGAGAAUGCUGCGAUGCUACAGAGAUCGGCUGGGAUGGAGUUGGGAAGCGGAAAAGGAAAUAAAGGGAGUGGCAAUGCUCGACCCGGCGAAGUAGAUCCGAUUCCCCGGGAUUUGGUUUAUCGAGUCCACCCGAUCCCGACCUGCUUGAAGCAGUUUGUAUUCGAUUUCGGCGCUUUGUCGGAACACAGUGAGCUACAGUUCAUCACUUCCAUGGUGCGGAGCGAGUAUCCGGGACAGAGUGAGGGGACGUAUCAGGUUCUGAUCGGCUGGUUGGAAGUUGCGCAGAAAUUCGUGCGGGAAGUGGAGGGGGACGUGAGUGUGGUGUCGCUGAGGGACGUGGCGCGAUGCUUGAAACUUUGUAAGUGGUUUGGGAAGUAUGGAGGGUCUGUUGGGGGCGUUGGUGGCGCUGCGACAGGGGGCGCUACAGGAGGAGCUGCAGCUUCCGCAAAAAAGGGGGCGAGGCCGACUAGCGGCACACAGGCAACAAACAGGGGCGGCACCUACGAGAUCCUCGCCAUUGCGCAUGUCUACUACUUCCGCCUGCCUUCCGGGAAACGGUCGGAGUUGCUGACGAAACUGCGAUUGACGCUCGGUCUUGCUCUCACGAGAGCGAAGGAUAAGGACGGCGAGGGGAACGACUUCGAGAAGGGUUACAAGUGGCUUUUUCCGCCGAACAUGAUGGGGAAAGUCAUCGCGAAAACUGCGAAGUCAUUAGCCUCGAAAUUUGAGCUGGAGUCCGGCAUUGCGUUGAACGAAGCUUUGAUUGAAAAUCUCUACGUGAGUUUCAUCGCGAUCUGCAACAAGAUCCCGAUCUUCAUCGUCGGCAAGCCGGGUAGCUCGAAAACGUUGACUCUGCAGAUCUUAACUUCCAACCUUCGCGGGGAGCAAUCUUCUGCCGCUUACUGGCGAAGAUUUCCGUCCAUCUACGUCUUCCCCUACCAGUGCUCUCCCUUCUCGACGGCUGCGGGCAUUUUGCAACAAUUCAAAAUCGCGGUGAACUACAGCAGAAAAUCGAAAAGGGCCAUGACGUGCUUGUUACUGGAUGAAAUUGGCUUAGCGGAGCACUCGCCAGAUCUGCCGUUGAAGGUGCUGCACGCGAUUUUGGUUUCGCCACCGAUCGCGAUAGUGGGCCUGUCGAAUUGGGCGCUGGACGCGGCGAAAAUGAACCGCGCGAUACUGUUGAACCGGACGGAUCCGAAAGCGGACGAUGUAGAGUUAACCGGGAGUUGCAUUGUGGCGGAGGCAGCGUCGAAUGCGGCUGGUUUUGAGGCGUCAAACGCGAACACACUGUCAAGCAGCGCGGAAUUAUCCACCUGGUUAGUAGCGAUUUCGCAGGCCUACAGCAAGAUCUACGCCGAGCAGGAAGGGCGGAAUUUCGUCGGCAUGCGCGAUUACUACCAGAUGCUGAAGCUGAUUCGGCGGUUGUUUCUGCAGUUAAAAGGAUCUGUGGGGGCAGGGACGAACAUUGCUUUAACAAGCCCACAUUUGGGCAACACAAAGUACGACGAAACGGCGGUAAAAAAAGCUUUCGGCGACGGAGGUGGGAAGGGGAACUUUUACUCGAGUGCCGAUCCGGUAUCCGAGCAGCUUUUACAAAACGAGAUCAAGCGGAUUCGCAAGCACCAUCCGGACGUUUUCUCGAUUCCAGCAAAGCGGGAUAGCUUCAAUUUUUUGAGCUGGGCGAUUGUUUCGUUUUCUCUUCAGCGGAACUUCAACGGGCGUCCUGGGUUGCUCCAAUCUGUGUAUGAGGCGUUUGACUCGAAAUUACGCGCAACUUCCGUUUCCGACCCGCAAAGAGAAACCUUCUCUACACUGCAGCUAAUCGAAUCUAACCUGCGCGACGCUGACGCGCGUCAUCUCAUGCUCCUCACCGACGUGCAGGGCUCUGCGCUCGAGAUUCUGUUCGAGAAGAAGCUCUUAGAAAAAAACCAGACCGAAGUUCUGAUGGGCUCACCGUUCACCGAAGACAAAAACGAAUUGUCCCUCAUCCAGCACGUGAACCGGGUGAAAGAGGCGAUGGCGACGGGAAAGACGGUUGUGCUUUGGAAUUUGGAUACCGUGUACGAGUCGCUUUACGAUGUAUUGAACCAAAGAUUCGUGGUCAGACGGAACAAGGUCGCUGGCGCCGUUGCGGUUGGAGGAAAAAAUGAUGAAAAGAAACACGGUUUAUCUACUCAGGCUUCCGCAACAUCCAUCAGCAAGAUGCUCCGUAUUGCGAUCGGCCCGCGGUCGCAACUCUGUCCGGUGCAUGCGGAUGGCUUCCGAAUCGUCACAGUCGUCGAGCGGGUUCACGCGUACGAAAAUCUGGAUCUCCCGCUCUUAAAUCGUUUCGAGAAGCAAUCACUGGGUUAUCGAGAUGUGGUGGAUGCAGCGAUGCUUGAGCGCGCGAGGGCGUUUGUUGCGGAAGUUGGAGCGGGAAUGACGAUGGGGUCAACGGCGUCGGCACCCUUCGUCGGUAUUGAUGACGAAGGAAUUGCGAGCCUGCUGGUGCUAGUAGCGAGCGAACAUGUUGAAGUUGAUGGAGGUGGUGGAGAGCAGCAGGAAGAGGAAUGUGAUCGUCCUCGACUCUAUCCUGUUCUAGAGCCACCUGUUUCGCCUUUGCCUUCGCCACACCCGAAUCCGAUGUUCGAUUCGCUGUGGCAAAAGAAGCUGCUUCGACUCGCACUUCCGCUCGCGGUGUCGCGGUCGCGCGUCCUGCAAAAGCUUUUGCCCGACAACGAAGAUGCUUUCUCACAAUGCAACGACUUCUCCUCGCUGUUCUCUUCGUCCACCUCCGAAGUAGGCGGUGGAGGAGAGAGGUUUUCAACCGUCUUCACGCACACGCCCAUGAUGCCUUUGGAACAUGUCCUCAGGAGCUCCGCUGGAGACACACCACAAACCCAAAUCUUUCUCCGCUUUCAGUGCGUCCGACUCUCGGAAACCGCGUCACAGGUUCAGCUCGUGGCGGUUUGCGAGCGAUUUUGGAGUUCGGAGAACGACAAGACAGAUCUUUUGUUCGUGCAGUGUGACGGUCGAUCUUCGGAAAGGGUUGUGAUCGAGCACGCGAAAAGGUUGGUCGUGCACUCGUGGGGGGAUGCGCAGAAGAACCACGUCGAAAAAUCAGAAGGGCGACUGGGCCAAGGACGCUGCGCGGAAAACAAGCGAGUGGUGUUUGUCAUCCAUGCGCAGCCAGGAGAGGACAGCUGCACGAAUCACGUGAUUUUCAACGACACUUGGCGCACCCACCUCUUCGUCGACGACAUCCGGCCAAAUGCGAAUUUCGUACUCGGCGAAAUACCUCUGCGGGUUGCAGUGGAGGAAUCGCUGUGGGAGAUUUUCGGCAAGCGGCCAGAGUUGUUCAAACGGAUACUGCGCGCAAAGAGCCAACAGAUGCUGAUCCGACAUCCGACGGGCAGCAUGAGCAGCGUGCUGAACUUGUACGAAUACGAUGAACGGCUAGGUCACAGUCAGGGAAUCGGAAGAUCAAGCACUUUCUCCUGGUGGGGCUUUUUGGAGGAAUUUUUCACCGAGUUGACGCUUCGGGUGUUGAGGAUACAGCAUGAAGCAAACACAACGACCCAGAAAGCUCUCCUUCCCCACGUUGCGUGGGCGUUGGGGGCAUUAUCGACUGGAAGUCUCAAAGUGUCAUUGGAAGUGGUGAUUGAGAGUUACCUGCUCCAGAUCCUGAGCCACUGGGGCCAGUUUUUGGACGUGAACUUUGCGCUGCGGCUCGUCGAAAGUGGAAAUCCAAAUGCUGGUGUUAGACCAGAGUUCUUCAUCGCGCUGUGCAAACGGUUCUCGGAUUUGGAUUCUCUCGCCGCGCGGUUUCGUUUCGAAGCGUGUUUUGCGGCGGAUGUGCGGGAGGUUGUGAACACGGGGAGUUUGCAGCCCUUCAUGUGCCGCGUGCCGUUUUCGCACAAGCUAAUGCCGGUUCUGGAGCAUGCCAUGGAGCUUGUGCAGCGUGGUAGAAGUGCUAAGAACACGGGAGGCGGGUACGACGUCGGAGAUGCGCUUCUACCGGCAAGCGGUGUGAAGAACUCCGACGACGCCAAUCUUCUCGCGGAGUUCGAGUGGGUUGAUCAGGCAGCCUCUACCCCCGACUCGCAGGGCGGCGAAUCUGAAUCAAAUGACGAAGGAGACGUUGUAGGUAUAAACGAGACUGGCGACGGUGAGCAGGCAGAUGAAGUAUGGCUUUCGAACUACUUCGGGAAGAGUGGAGCCUCUCUUGCGCAAUGGCUGUGCUCGGCAUCAACCGUUGAUGCGUACUUGGAGGACUUUGUCCACCAGAAAAUGGCACAGUACCCGAACAUCUCGUACGAGACGCAAUUUAGGCUCGUCAAAGAAGCUAUCAAGAACGGGUUCAAAGACGGCACCACACUGGAAUCUUUGAUGACGAGUUCAUCUUCUGAACCUCGGUCGCCUUUGGACGUGCACCGGAGGUACGCAAGCGAGCGGUUUGCCAUCCAGAAGAAGCUGGCGUUGCUGUCCUACUUCAGCUUCGACGAGACGACAUCGGCAGGGUUCGAUUACGAAAAAGUAGUCGAUGCGCUGACGGCGAUUGUAAAGGAGCGGAUUGACGAAAUGCUGGCGACAUCAUCGGCGGCAAGUGCUAGAGACAAGGCCACCUACGGCAUGAUGCACAAGCUGGUCAAUUUCGGCCAGGACUUGCGCGACUUCGACGACAAGAAUGGCCUAUGGAUUGCGACGGCUGCGCGCUUUUUCUUGGUACUCACAGAUCUUGAAAACAACUGUGAACAAGGUGCGCAAUGGAUUUCGACGGCUUGUGAAUUGUUUUCCAAACACAUGCGAGGGUACAUUUUUGGAAGCGGUGGAUCGAACAACAAAACCGCGAAGGAGGAGGAUCGAAUGGCCGAGUCCUUUCUCACGAUGGUUGCGUUAGCUACGCGGGGAGAACAAGGUGAAACGCACCAUCUCCGGUGGUUGCUGAGUCCGCUGCUCCUCGAUGCGGGACCGGAGUUUUUCACCUCAUUCAGCAGCAGUGGAGAAGCACAGCUGCCAGCAAAAAUGAGCGGAAAACAAGAAGCCGACGCUUUAUUCGGAACUCUCCUCUCCUCGUGGGCGGGCAACCGAGACCUUGCACCGCUGCCAAAACGCACACAGCGGUUUUUAGCUUGGCGUCUGGGCCCGCACGGGAUGGGGCAGUACGAAAGUUCCGCUGUUGACAAAGCGAGGCAUCGGGAGUUAUGGGUGAAUGUUUUGCAAGACAGAGAUGGGAAUUCUUUGCCGGACGCGAUCGACGACUUGAAGGAGCACGUGCUUACUGCGCACCGAGAUGACGUUGCUGAGCAAGCUGGUUUGAUGAACACGCGGCUGUGGGGAGGUGGGUCUGGAUCAUCGUCAGCAACGUCGAUACGAACAGCACUCUGGGUGCGCAAAUACGUGCCGCAGCUGGCGAAGUACUUGCUUCAGGCGGUUAAAAAUGGACUGGCGAAUUGUAUCGGGGGAAAGAAUAAUGAGGAUUCUGCGGUCGGCGGUGCGGACGACGUAAUUGACAAAGCGCUGAACAACAUAAUGAUCGCGGAGUCAAAUGCGGCGGAAGGAAAGAGAACGGCCAGGACCAUUCCGGGAGCGACUGCGCACGAGACUUUCGCUGCCACUGUUUACGAAAACAUCCGGAUACCGAACUUCGUCUUCCCUCUCAUCCGCAGCUCCGAACACGUCCGCUUUUUUUUCCUCCAAGCCUUGUACCGCUUCGGUGGGUUUGAGGGUAUGUGCGAGGUGUUUUCGUGCAUGCCGUCUGGAAUGAUUGCGAGUUUCGGCUACGAUAAUAUCGACCUUCACUCCCUCGAGAACGCAUCGAAACUCUUCACGCAGGAGGUCUACAAAGAUUUUGGGGCGUUGAUGCUUCACGAGCGGCCUACAGGAGAGGUAGUCUUGCCUGAAGUGGGGGCGCACGCGCAGCGAAAGAACGACAGUUUUGGGACUACGAAGAACAUUGGCGGGAGUGUCGCAGGGUACACAUCCGAGCAGCAGAAGUACAGGGAGAUAAUGGGGUUGUCCGCGAGAAACGACUCAGAGCUGCAAACGAGGUUCUGCAAUAAAGGAAAUAAAGUCACGGAAGAGGAUCAGAAGGAGGAAGACCGACAGCUUCUAACCAUAAACUUCGACGAAGUCUCCGCUAGCUUUGUGUUCUCCGCGAGAGUCUCCGGCUGUCUGUUUCCCGCUGCCAAGGAACAAGAGCAUGACCGUUUACGACACCGCCUCUUCGAAGAUAAAGUAGUAAAACAAGCGCUCCGCAUCAUCGAGCGAUGUAGUACCACCGCAGGGAAGAUUGGUGAGCGGGAACGAAAUUUCGCCUACGAAAAAGUGGAAGCGUCGAAUGUGGCGUUCGUGUCGAAUAGCGGGCGCGAUGCAAAUGAAAAUACGUCCCAAGAACAGCGACCUGCAAAAGAGCUGCUCUACCUCUGGCUGUAUCGAGUGUGCAAUCCGCACUUCAAGGUGCACCGCAGUGCGUUUUUGCUGGAGCCAACUACAACUUCAACAAUAAAUGCAACUUCAAACUCAAGUUCCAGCAUUCUUCCGAAUCUCCCUUCCACGUUCCCCGCAAAAAUUUCGCUCGCCUCUUUCGCCUUCCAUUUUUUGAAAGUGAUCGUACGACACCCGGAUUCGUUUUACUACACACUGUUGACCCAGCCGGAAACCUGCAAAACUUCCUUCCUCCCCGGCUUUCCGGGAAGCGAAAUGGCGAUGGUGAUUCGCGGUAUGCAAGAGCAGGUCACUUGGUACCGCUGCCCGAAUGGGCAUUUGUACACGGUCGGGAAUUGCGGCAUGCCGAUGCAGAAGUCGAAGUGUUCCCAGUGCGGAGAAACUAUCGGGGGGCUAGACCACGCGGUUACUGGGCAGCAGACGCGCUUGGGGAGACCGAACGAGAUGACCUCGAUGCUAGAGACGCCUGGGUACGUCCUAGAUGUACACGAUCCUCGUGUGAGUCCCGCUUCCGAGGUCGUACAGCAGCGGUUUUUCACCUUCCGCGCGAGGUCCGGCUCGCGGGCAGUGGAUGCGGCGGCGAUAAAUCUGCAUCGGCUGCUGUUGCACGUAUGUUUGUUGCUGCAUUCUGAGGUGUUUGGAAACGAGCAGUAUGUGCGGAUGUUGGUGAGAGGUGGUGGCGGGCAAGGGCAAGGGCAAAAGAAGGUUGGGGAGAAACAACUUUUAAAUCACAUUGCUCAUAGUUGGGAAGCGUGCAGAACGGAGUUGAGCGCGAAACUGCACUCUGCGUUAUCGGACCAAGACUUUUCUCUUUUUUUGCACGUUCUGCUGUUGAAAUUGGACCCGGUGAUUGCACAGUCGCGAGGGAGCUUUCCUGACAUGCAGUCGAUGCUGCGGUUCGAGGAGAGUGUUGCGAGGGUGGCGUUGGAGAUGCGGGUAUGUUGGGCGGAGGAGGCUGAGAGAGCGCGGAGGAUUGCUUUUGGUGGGGAAGAAACAGGGGAGGGCGCAGUGAUAUUUGAGACGGCAAUACGACAGGCGUUUGGGGAUGGGAUAGUUGGGAGGCUGGUCUCGGGGGGAGAAAAAGAAGUAGCUUCGCAGAGCUUUAAUCCGCCGUCACGCUCCGCAGCUUCGAGUUCGACUUCGAACGAUUUUAGCACCACUUUGCCGCUGCUUCUCACACUUCGUGAGCCGAUUUCGCUGGAGAGGUUUUUGGCGCAGAUAAUUCCAGCGGCGUCGCCCAAUUUCCUCACUGAGAAGUGUGAUUUUCUGAUGCGCUUCUUGCGGUUGGAGUCGAGGCUGCAUCUUUGUAAAUUCGCAGCGGACAUUUUAGAUUGGACACAGGUGUUGUUUUCUGAUUACGACGGAAGGAAUGACUCCGGUGAAAAAACGAGAGCUCGUGCGGCGCUUCCUGGACCGAAGAGAUCUACGGAUAGCGUUUCGUCGGAGGAAGACGGCGAGUCACCUCUCGGGGAAGCCACGGGGGCCAUUUUUGUGGGUAGUAGAAGCAAAGCUGCGUCUUCAUCGUCUUCCCGGAAAAAUGAGAAGCCUGCAUCGGCGGCGACAUCACAUUUGAUUUCUCGCGAGGAAGCCUAUCGGACGCCGAUGCGCGCGGCCGCUAUCACUCCGGGCCGGAAGCUGAAGUUAGCCCGGUUUCUCCGUGCUUUCAACGAAGGGCUUCCCUGGCUACAGACCCUGCACGAGUGUCAGCGAAACCCGUUCCUCGCCACGGAUAGUGAUGGAAAUCAGGUCGUCAGCAUCGACGGGGAAAAAUUACGGCCGGACAGCCCGAUCGUGUUCGGUCUCCCUUCGCAGCCACCACAAGAGCGCGCCGUCGACCCGAGCGGAUUGUGCGUUCUGAGGUUAUUGGACUUUUUCGGUCGAACCAACAACGAGUUGCUCGAAGAGCUGGUUGCGGGGGAUAAUGGUGUUGGUACACGUGGUCUUGGGGCUAACGACAGCAGCGAUAGCAGCAUCAUAGACACACGCUCGGUGCUGGAACUGCAUCUGGAGACGCCGUGUGACGACGUGCGGCGCCGGUUGAUUCACUACGAUCGGGUGAACGAUUUUCUACCGCUAUUGCACGAGUUCUUCGGAGAGGAGGAGGAGUGUGCUGAAGCUGACGCGAAAGAAAGAACUGCAUCAGGUGAGAGUAGCGGCACAGCCGCAAGCUCAAGCAUAGGCAUCCACAGGCUGCUGCUCGAGUUUCAGUCUGCCAUCAAGCGCCGUGUCAUUUUUCGUAAAAACAUCUCUCGCAUCCAAGUCAUGGUCCGGCAAUUUCUCUACCGCGGCGAGCUUCGCGCCCGUGGCAGUCUCGGCGUUCUCCAACGUGUCGUCCCACAGUCCGGCGUCUUACCCUUCACGGUGCAAAAAGGGUUGGAGGACGACAUCAGCAAUUGCCGCGAACGCCAUCGGCAGUUGACCGUGUUGGUGGAGCGGGUGAUUCAAUCCUUGGUCGUCUUUGGGGCUGGCGCGAAGGCGGAGGCGGAUACCUCGCUGCGGGAAUAUUUGCGGGAGUCGCUGCCAGGGCAGUUCGAUCAGUCUUCCACUUGGGCAGACGCGGAGCAUAUGCUGAUUCUUUCCGACGUGCAGCUGCGCCAUCUAGGUGCGUUGUAUUUAGCGCUCGAGACGAUCGGCACCGGAGAAGGGGCGUCUUUGAAGUUCUUGCCGAAAGUCCACGACCGCUACCGUCAGCCGGUGCCGGAGGUAGUCGUUGCAAUUCUUGAUGCGCCGUUUCGCGGUGGUCGCAGAGGGAGUGUUUCUGCUUCCGGUGACAGGCUCGAGAAGACGCUUUCCAGCGGCUCUGGCGCGACGUCCCGUGGCGUGCCCAGUCGGACAAGCAGUUCGCGCGUUUUCGCUCCUUCCCUACUGCCAUCCAGGUCUCCUAUGGGUAGUCCGAAAGCCACACCGAACGCGGCCAAUGCGACCCCACGUGCUCCGAUGAGAAUGAGUUCCGGUAGUUUCUUAGACGAUGGAGAUGUUGGCAGAAGUGACGCUCCUGACGUGAGCGGAAGCGCCGGCGGAUCGUCCUCAACCUCCCGGCAAACGUUGAAGCAAGUUUUGCGCGAUCGGUACCAGGGAGUAUUAAGGGAUUUGUUGUGCGGACCGCUGUCGGACCCGGAAACGAAGUACGAUGCUGGGGAGAGUCUGAAGGUCUUUCUGGAAUACGCAGACACGGACUUGGAACAGGACUUGGUGUUUCGUGAUCACUUCCCGGAAGCACUCACGCUGGGCCACAGUUUGGAGCUGCUGAGGAUGCUGUGUGCGUGAUUUUUUUCUGCUUUCGGGCCUAUCGCAGCUAGACAGCAAAAGGUUUUUCUACCGUCGUCCGCAGACGUACUCGGAUUAAGAAAUCAGCUCGCGAGAAUCCAAUCGAAAUCAAAAUUCCAAGAAAGGCGUGCAACUCUCGGUAGCUACUUCACUGCUCCCGACAGCAAGCGCAAGCUUGGCUUUUCUAGAACUGAUGAUCACCAAACAGGCACUGGAUCGAUUUUUCCUGCCUCCAAAAAGUCAUG